AUGAUUGAAACAGCUUGGUCUUUGAGGUCGCAUAGCAAGAGCAUUAGCCAAUCGAAACUUGCCCAGCGUCCUGAUCCAUUCUUUCUACCCCAUCUCUUUUAUGGGUUUGAAGAGAGUAAAUACGCAUGGCUUGCUGAUGAUAUGAAGAGACUUUGUGACCUCAAAAGGAACAUCUUGAAUGGUUCUACCUCACUGGAAGACAUCGAAACUCCAAAACAUGAAAAACCAGUCAAGAAGAUCCAUAUCAGCGAUUCCGAUGAUGAGUUGCCUCAAGAAUCCGUCACUAGCGAAAAUUGCUCAGGAUCUGACUCGAGUCCUCAAGGUUAUAACGAGGAGGAUUCAUUGGAGGUUUCUACAGAUCAUGACAGUGGAACUCAUCAAUAUAGAGAUGAAGAAGACGAACUUUGGAGGCAGAUGGCCUUUGCUCAAGAAUCAUCAUCCAAGGUAACGGUGGAGAAUUCACAAGAUAAUGAUCUCAAUCAAAUCGACGACUGCGAGCACUCCUUCAUCUACAAGGAUGAUACUGGAGAAGUGUGUCGUGUUUGUGGACUCAUCAAGACACCCAUUGAGAGCAUGAUCGAGGUUGUGUACAACAAGCCGAAGAGAUCAAGAAGAACUUACAUGCGUGAAGAAGAAAAUGGGGAAAAUAGCAGGGUGUUCACAGAAAACGGGUCUUCUCAGACGAAAGUUUUGGGAGAGAAAAUGUUCAUCCACCCAAGGCAUGAGAAGGAGAUGAGGCCUCACCAGAUUGAAGGAUUCAAGUUUUUAAGCAACAACCUUGGGGCGGAUGAGCCAGGUGGGUGCAUACUAGCUCACGCCCCUGGAUCAGGGAAGACGUUUCUGCUCAUCAGCUUUCUUCAGAGCUUCAUGGCUAUGGAUCCACAGGCUAAACCGUUGAUCGUGCUACCGAAGGGCAUCAUAGAGUCAUGGAAGAGAGAGUUUACUUUGUGGGCCGUCGAGAACACUCUCCUUCUUGAUUUCUACAGCGCGAAAGCAGAAUCUCGGAAGCAGCAACUUGAUGUUUUGAGACAAUGGGUUGAGCAAAGAAGCAUUCUUUUUCUUGGGUACCAACAGUUUGCGAGGAUCAUCUGCGACGAUACGAACACAGAGGCGGUUUCAGAAGACUGUAAGCGGAUAUUGCUUGAGAGGCCAACGCUGCUUAUCCUUGACGAAGGUCACACAUCGAGGAACAAGGAGACGAACAUGCUUAUCUCUCUUGCUCGUGUCAAGACUCCUAGAAAAGUUGUUCUCACAGGUACCUUGUUCCAGAACAAUGUUGAGGAAGUGUUCAACAUUCUGAAUCUCGUUCGUCCCAAGUUCUUGAAGCGCCCUGGAACUCGGGAGAUUGUUCACCGUAUCAUGGACAAGGCAGAGAUACCUAGCGGCAAACACAUGAACCAGAGUAGCUUCGAAGGGACUUUCUUCGCUGCAGUGGAGCUUACAUUGAAGAACAGUAAAGACUCUUCAGGCAAAGCCAGCUUGAUUAAGGAUCUAAGAGAGAUGACCCGUCAUAUCUUGCAUUAUCACAAAGCAGAUUUCCGCGGCUUGCUUCCAGGGCUUACUGAGUUCACCGUGAUGCUGAAUCUGAGCUCAGUUCAGAGAGCUCAAGUCAAGGGUCUGAGGAAAAUGGAUCUGUUCAAGCAGAUCUCUCUCGGUGCGGCUUUGUAUAUACACCCGAGCCUCAAGACUUUCUUGGAGGAGAACCCUUCGAAUGGAGAAAAGGGUUUCGCUGAUAACAACAAAACAUUGAAUAAGCUAGAUGGGAUGCUGAAGAAGAUCAAUGUAAGAGACGGUGUGAAGAUGAAGUUCUUCCUCAACCUUCUAUCUCUGUGCGAAUCAGCAGGAGAGAAGCUGUUGGUGUUUAGCCAAUACAUAAUCCCUCUCAAGACUCUUGAGAAACUCAUGAGCUCGAUGAAAGGCUGGAGAUUAGGGAAAGAGAUGUUCACAAUCACAGGCGAUUCGAGCAACGAGCAGAGAGAAUCGUCGAUGGAGAGAUUCAACAAUUCCCCGGACGCUAGAGUCUUCUUCGGAUCGAUCAAAGCCUGUGGGGAAGGGAUCUCGCUCGUGGGUGCGUCUCGGGUGCUGAUUCUCGAUGUUCAUCUGAACCCAUCGGUGACUCAGCAGGCCGUGGCUCGAGCUUACAGACCAGGACAGAAGAGGAGAGUGUACGCGUACAGGCUCGUGGCUGCGGAUUCGCCGGAUGAAGAGAGCUACGAGACGUGUUCGCUCAAAGAGAUGAUGUCGAAGAUGUGGUUCGAGUGGAAUGUUGGAUCGGGAAGAGAUGAGUUUGGGUUUAGAGCCGUGGAUGUUGAUCACUCCGGCGAUGCGUUUCUCGAGACGGCCAAGAUGAAGGAAGAUAUCCGGAGUUUAUACACAAGGUGAUGUCAAUUUGAUAACCGACUCUUACCGAUUUUUAACCGGAUAUUGGAAUUUUUGGUUAAAUACGAGAACAUUUUGACUCUCGUUUGCGUGGUUUCGGUUUCGGAUGGCUUUUGGCUUCUAAGGAUUUUUAAUUUAAAAGAUUAUAUGAUAAAUUUGAGUUUAAGUGUUAACUCGUUUAUUUUGUUGUUUUAGUUCAUAAAAAUAAAGCCAAU